UUGAAAAAAAUGAAAUAAAUUCAUCGAUUGAAAGUAUUUUAUAUAUCGUUUCUAUAAAGAUGGUAUCGGUGCACUUCUAAAGACUUUGUAAUUUACUGAAAAUCUUAAUCAUAAAUAUGCUGCACAGUGGACAAAACCUAAUUCAACUUGGACCUGAUGAUCCAUUUAUUCAUGCAUCGCCUGAAGAUUGCUUGGAAAGAUUCAGAAGAAAUGAAUCCCUGCAAAAUGGUCAAGCAUACUGUGAAGCCGUCUGGGAUUCUGUUCUGUGUUGGCCGUCAAUUCCUGCCGGGCAGACAGCGUGGAGGUCUUGUCAACAAGUGUUGCAAUAUGCAGCCAUCCCUGAUGUCAAGAACGUGGUACUCCCUAUAGAAGCCAAGGCCUAUAGAGUUUGCAACGAGGACGGUGUUUGGCUUUGGGGAAAUUGGACGAAUUACGAUGCAUGUGUAAACUUCACGACACCAGGUAUUCCGAAAGCACCUUUGACUGUGAGUCUCAUCUUGCUGGUCUGCUCUUUAAUAUCCCUCUUCUUCUUGGCUGUCACCAUUUUUAUUUUCUUUUAUUUCAAGUCACUGCAAUGCUCAAGACUUCGUGUUCACCGAAAUCUUGUCGUCGCACUCAUAAUCCAUUCCUUGAUGCUUGUUGUUAUAUCUCUUCCUAUCGUGGGAGGGCCAGACAUACCCUCAUACAGAGAUCUGAGCUGGCUGUGCAAAACUGUCGUUUCUAUUAAGAUGUACGCAGCUUUGUCCAGCAUCAAUUGGAUGUUCGUUGAAGGCAUGCUGCUCCACAGCCGAAUCACUACGAACAUUUUUCAAAAGGAUGCACCAUUCAAACUUUAUUAUUUCAUUGGUUGGGGCAUUCCACUGGCUUUGAUCAUAACUUGGUGCAGUGCUAUGAGUUCCACUUUAGAUACAGAUUGCUGGGAAGGAUACGGGCGAUCUCCUUAUGUGUGGAUCAUCACAGGACCUAUGAUCGGUGCUCUCGGGAUAAACCUGAUUUUUCUCGUGAAUAUCAUUCGAAUUCUGGUGACAAAAAUGAAAACGAGCUCAACAUUCGAAAUAGUCCAAAUCAGACGAGCUAUGAAAGCCACAGCUUUACUCUUUCCACUUCUUGGAAUAACUCAUCUUCUGUUUUGCGUAAACCCGAGAGAUGACAGCAAAUUAGAAGAAGCGUACAUGAUAACCAAUGCAGCUCUUCAGUCAUCUCAAGGGAUUUUCGUGUCCAUUCUCUAUUGUUUCAUGAACGUUGAGGUGCAGACGGUCCUCCGCAAGGCGUACGUCCGAGCCGCCCUGCGCCGCAAUCCAAACCACCGAUACACAUGGAAAUGCCGCACCACCCGAGCGUCUCAGACCAGCACCUACGUCUCCAACUGCGACACGUCGGUCACAGAGACCGCCCACGUACGCGCUGGGGCCAGUCCCAGGUCGGUGCAUCUACUGAGGGAAGUCAGGACGUACGAAAAAGGCGGUCUCAGAAAAUACGGUGGGGGAAGAAGGUGCGAUCUCAACGGAAUGAAUGUAAGCAAUGUUUGAAUGCAUUUUCUGGAGCUGACUUCCAGCAAGAAGAUAGCAUAUUUGUUGCUGAACAGUUUUAGAUAGUGACUGUCUUUAUUUUUGCUUAGGUAAAAUAUGCAGUGCUUCGUUUUUAAUAUAUUAACAGCAACAUAACAUUUUGGACUAAUGAAUAAGAUUGAUUUUUAAACUAAAUUCUAUUGAAAUAUUGACCUGAUAUGUGUAUAUUUUGAUGUAAAUGGUAUUCCCUUCACAAACCAGUUAUAUUAUUUCGGCACUUAAUUCCAUGAAAUAUAUUUACGUAUAAGAAUGUUUUAAAACAAUUAAUAAGUUAUUUGAAUCCUGUCUUUGGGUCUGAGUCUGAAAAAAAAUUGGAAAAAAAUCAUAAUUUUGAUAUAAUAAGGUGUAGAGAGGUCAUAAGAGAAACAAUAAUUUUUCUUGCUUCGAAGUAUUUGCAGUCCAAACUAAGAAUGGAAUACAGAUAAAUUUCACAUAAAGCUGUGGAAGGCAAGAGAAAAUAAAUUCCACAAUAAUAAUAAUAAUAAAAGUAGCAACUAAGACCAUUUGCGGAGGAGAUAUGGUACUGACUGUGCAAAAACAGGGCAUAUUGAAUGUAUAUUAAAUAGAUUACUCAAGAUUUCAUUACUUUAUCAUCAAAUAACCAAAACUACAUAUACGGAAAUGAAAGCUUUUCUUCUUAGAUAUAUGAAAGAUAUUCUUGCUUCCUUGUGUGCGUGAUAUUGCACCAGUAUUUACGAUAGAUUUUGUUCUCGAAUUCAUUUUGAAUACGUUCCACAACCUUCGUUCGUUUUCAUUCCAUUCGUUAGUUCUGUAACCAAAUGUUUCCAUACAGGGUUAAUUAUUUUGCAUGGAUCCUCAUCGAAUAACACAAGAGCUAAUAAAAGAUAAAGAUUUGGCUUAACUUUCUUAAAAAUGGGGAAAGUCUUUUUAACUUAAAAGUGUGGAAAACAGUUGAUCUGAAGUAUUUUACAUUGGACAACUAAAUCAAAAGCAAAACUUAUAAACUUAUGAACUUAAAACUUAUAAACUUAUGUAUAAAACAUAUAAAAUUAUAUUGAAAUUUUAGUUUGUUAUGCUUUAUUAUAAAUUCAGAAGACAGUUAAAUUUAUUUAUCUUAUCGUGGACACAGCUAAUAUAAUUUUGAUAAUGAAUCAUUUAAUGAAUUAUUUGAUAAAAUGAAGACUGUUGAAGUCGAUAAACUAAUCCAGUCAUGGAGUUAUAUGCCAAUAUCAACAGAAAAUGAAUUUUCGGUUAAAUAAUAGUCUUUCAAACAGAAAAUUAUAUUUUAGAAUAAAUACACCAUCUUGAAUUUCAGAUUGAUUUCUCGCAAGAAGAGAUUCCUUGUAAGACUUUAUUGUUACUUAAAUAAUAGGAGCUGUAGUGAAAAUUAAAUGGAUCAAUAACUAAAUUUAACUAUGAAGAUUUUUGUCAUUGCUAUUGAAUUGAUUUAUUUUUAAAGGUAUAUUCAUAAUAUUUCAGAUAUUGUUUUAACUUAGGUAAGUUUAAGUUAAAAUGUCAAACUAUUCAAAUAAAAUGAAUGUGUGUCUUUGUUCAUUUCUUAUACAGUA